AUGUCCAUCUUUGCAAACUGUGUGUUCUUUAUUGAAGUGAAAUCCAUUCAGGAGAAGAGCAGGCUGAGAGUUUGCGUGAAAGAAAAUGGUGGAGUAGUUAAUUUUGUGCUUAAUCACAAGAGUACACAUGUUCUUCUGGAUACUGCUGAUGUCCUCAGCUCCUGUGAGCUAAAAAGUAUUCAGAAGUAUCAGCUCCCUGUUUUAUGUGCAGUUUUCAUUUGGAAAACAGUUGAAAUUGAGAAGUUUUUACAGAUUGAUGCAGGUAAGCUUAAUAAAUCACAAGACGACACUUCUGCUCAAAGGCCAAACAGACAAGAUGUGGAAGACCUAUCAUCUUCUGAAAAUAAAAAUGCCACAAGGAAAAAUGAAAACGACGAUUCCAACCUUCCUGUUAUUGAAGACAGUGAGAGCAGAAUUGAGUCUAAAGUGGGGACUCUUAGAUUUUACAGGGAAAAUGAUCAAGAUACUCCUUUUUUCCCAAAAGAUUUAGAAGUUGCAAAAUACAGUGUCCUUGGAAAAGUUAACUACAAGGAAAGCAAAGAUUUUGUAGUUAUUGAAUUGCAGUGUUCCCAGGAGUGUUAUGAGUUUCCAUUUCAACUAUAGGCACACUUCAAUGCUUCAAGUGGAACAAAGAAUAAUCAACAAUUUGUAACUAAUACUGCUGAAGAAAUAAAAUACAAGACUUUUAUCGCAGACUUGGAGAGCCAGGAUUUCCUGCUCAGAGAAACUUUUCCACCAGAAGCAGAAUCUUUAGCUUCAACUAACUUAAUUCUGGAAGAAGCCAUCCAUUCAAGUGCUAUAUGUCAGGAAGUUAGUGAUUUUGUGGAAUUGAUAUGGGUAGAAGCUGUUUGCCACCUGGAUAGUUUACUACUUGAAUCAGUAAACAACAGAAGCCUAAAUGAUGUGAGCAAAGCAGAAGGUAUUUUACUUCAAGUAAAGAAUGCAUUGGAUGAAGGAGCUGGCAAGGUGGCACUACAAGAGGUCAUGAUGGAAUUCUGUCAAGUUAUACGUCAAAAAGCUGAAAUAGACUAUAAAAGUUUCCAAAAAGCUGUUAUCUAGAAACAGGACCUGUGUCAGCUAAUCAGAGACGUGUUUAAUAUACAUGAAACAAAUACAUCAUGCCCAAACCCUACAUCUUUGCCAAAUACCAAGGCUCUGAGGUGCAAGACUGAAGCUGCUGACUCAACAAGUUAUUAAUUUCUCAGUGUUGAACAACAAGUGUUAAAAAACAAUUAGAACGGCUAUACCCAAAUAGAUAUAUUGCUCAAGUAUGGAAGGAGCACUGUGCUUGGAACACACAAACUUCUGUUUGUCUUCAGCAAAGUUCAGUAGUUGACUUUCACUUGACAUUGACAUUUUGUCUAAAUUCAUUGUGUGCCGUUCUUUUUCUCUAGAGGACUCCUAAUGCCAAAAGUGGUUGUUGAAGAUCAUGGCCUGGAAAUAACUGACACUGGGAAUCUGGGCAGUGGCAUUUACUUCAGUGAUUCUGUUAGUGCAAGUAUUAAGUAUUCUAUAUAAUCCAGUGAAAUGGAUGGAACCCAGCUACUGGCGGUUUGUGACAUGGCACUUGAAUUCUGCUUGCAUUUGUAUGAACGGGAUUAUUCAUUAAAUAAUGCACCAUCAGGUUAUGACAGUGUGCAUGGAGUCCGUAAAACAGCAGACAUCUCUUCAGACUUUGAGGAUGAGGAAUUUGCUGUGUAUUUAGACUGUCAGGUUAAAAUUAGAUAUGUUGUUAAGUUUUGCCUUGCUGAAGAUCAAAUAAAACCAUUUCAGCUUGCAAUUGAGCUGGAACUGGAACAAGGUAACAGUGAGCCAGAGUUGCAAUGUAGUUUACAGCAUGAGAGUAAGAAAUUACCAAAUGCAAAUCUUUCCAUUCCUGUAAAAACUGGUCUUCAGGACACAUUGGGAAAUCCUGUCCCUCUGGAAGGUGUUGAUAUCAAGGCGAGGAUAAUAGACUUUGUCGCACAGGAUGGCUCUCGGAAUCUCAGUCCACAGAUGAGAAAAAUCUUGAAAUUUGAUGUUGAUUACUUAAUUAACAAUUUCCAUAUUAGAAAAGUAAUUCAGUCACUUG